UUUUUAAUUAAUUAUUUGAAUAAUUAUUUGCAUUUAAUUUAACAAUAUUUUAUUAAGAUAAAUACACACUAUUUACCUGUGCUAGUUUUUAAUAGUAUUACAGGCGUUUUAUUAGAUAAAAUUAUAAUUGUUAAAAAUGUCUUUUUAAAAUUUGUUAGAAAUAUUACUCAAGUAAUUUUGUAUUUGUCAUUUCUCUUUUUUAAACUUAUGUUUUUAUUCUUUGUAUAAGUUAGUUACAAGUGUAUAAGUAGUUUACAGUUCGUCGUUUCAAAGUUGAUCAUGCCACGGUUAAAGAAAAGAUCACUUGAGACAAAAGCAAGAAUAUCGCGAAUGAAGCGGGCUGAAAAACGACGAGAACAAAUAUUGUAUCUUAAGACACAAGCGGAAGAGAUGGAAAUUUUAUGUCGUGGUAUAAGGAGUGAAGGUGCUUUAGUUCCUCCUAUAAGACAAACUGCAUCAAUUUUCAAACAACCGGUUACUGUACAUAAAAACCAAGAAGGCAAAGUUAAAUCAGAUUUUAAACAUGGACGUCAAGAAAAACCAAGACAAGUUUUCUGGGAAAAAAGGUUGGAAGGAAUAAGAGCCUCAGAAAAAGAUGGUUAUGAAUUAGGUACAAAAUGGACUGGAUUAUUAAGACCAGCUGGACCACAUGUUACAGAUGAAACUUUAUUACAAAGUGUUGCUACCGCCUUGCAUGUUUGUGCCAUGCCAGUUACUGGUCAACCACCAUUGAGAUCUCAAUAUGACAAAGAAAUUGUGUAUAGAAUUCCAGAUCAACCUCUUGUACAAGAAGUGAAUGUUACUAUAGAGGAUAUUAAAAGUCAAGAAGAAAGAGUCAUUACAGCAAGAAAACGUCUUCAAGAGGUCAUGGGGAAAAUCAAAUGAAUAUACAAUAUCUAAAAUUAAAGAAAUUGCACUUUUAAAAUUUAAUUUUUAUAUAGUAAAAUGUAAUGGAUUGACAAUUGUAAACAUUUAUAUGUUAAUAAUUUUUUUUUAUCUCUAGUAAUUUUUGAUUUAAAAAUUAUUUACCUGUAAAAAAUUUGCUUUUAUAAGUCAACAAUAAUACUCUCAGUAAAAAACAUCUCAUAAGCUCCAUUAAAAAUUUAUUAAU